AGAAGAAGAAGAAAAUUUGCCUGAAGCAAGAGGUUUCCAGAAUUCUACCUUUCCCGAAGACGCCGACGUUCCUACCACCGUAGCAAGCCCAAAAAUCUCACGUCCACAGCAAAUAGGUUUUGUUUCCUGCUUCUGCAAUUCAGGAGAUUUCUAUAAGUGCAUCGCGGAAGAGGACGAUGAUUUGAAGUAAUGUGAGAAGCGAUACCGGGUAGAAUAUUACUGUGGUCGUUUCAAGUUUCUAUUAUUCAAUCGUUGGGUUUUAGAAGAAGAAGAAAAAUUGCCUGAAGCAAGAGGUUUCCAGAAUUCUAUCUUGCCUGAAGACGCCGACGUUCCUACCACCGUAGCAAGCCCAAAAAUCUCACGUCCACAGCAAAUAGGUUUUGUUUCCUGCUUCUGCAAUUCAGAUUUCUAUAAGUCAAUCGUUGGGUUUUAGAAGAAGAAGAAAAAUUGCCUGAAGCAAGAGGUUUCCAGGAAAAAAAAAAUCUGAUUUCAGAUUUGGGUAAAAUCCUAGAGAAAGACAGAGAUGGAGAUUCAGCAAUAUUUCAGUCACGAGCAUGUGUUAUCGCUGAGUGAAAAGAAGAGUGAAGAAGAUGUAAUUAGUUGCAGGAAAUGCGACUUCGCUCUGCACGAAUCGUGUGAAAAGCUACCGCAGGAGUUGCACAACCCCCUUCUUCACCCACACCCUCUUUCCCUAGUACACGCAGAAUACGGCCAGUUUGACUGUUGUGCUUGUGGCAAAAUUUGCCGGGGCUUCACCUUCCGCUGCGACAAGUGCAACGUCACCUUUGAUGUUAAGUGCGCUUUUAUAAGGCCAAGGAUAGAAGAAAGGGAGGAGCCGCCAGUUGGUACGCUACAUUUUAGCCACCACCACCGGCACCCAUUGCUACUCUUCCAGAACAUGCCUGCCGAUCACAUUAACUGCAGCGUAUGUGGAAAAUACUGCUCGGACCCGAUGAGCUACGGUUGCCUCGCAUGUCGUUUCUUUCUCCAUCCAUCGUGUUUUGAGUUGCCGCAAGAGAUUUUCCAUCCCUUUCAUCCAUACCACCCUCUCAAGACCCUGCGCCCAACAUAUCGGAAGUGCAAUGCCUGUCGCAAGAAAAUUGGCUGGAACAACUUGGCCUACGUUUGUGAGAGUGAAAAUUGCAGCUUUUGCUUGCACUUAGAAUGCAGUGUGAUAAGGACUGCCGCUAUAUCAUACGAAGGCCACGAUCACCUUCUACAAUUCAAGGACAAUACUGGUGAUGAACUGAUCAAGUGCAGCGCUUGCAAUUCCACCUGCAAAUCAUAUGCUUUUUGUUGUCUCUAUUGUGAUUUCAAUCUCCAUCUUACGUGUGGUCCAUUACCGUAUACCAUUAAACACAAAUGCCACAUUGAUCCCCUUAUCCUCACGCAUUCUCUUGCUAUACAUGAACUUGAUCAGACAGACGAUGAAUUCUAUUGCGAUGCUUGUGAGGAAGAAAGAGACCAAAUAUUAACCAUUUAUUAUUGCAAGGAAUGUCAUUUUGUUGCUGAAAUUUCUUGCGUCUUCUCAGAGGUAGUAUCAUUGCUAAAGGGAGAGCAUGGAGAUGUGGAGCUGAGGAAUCCUUUUGGACAGUUUGCAAAGCCGAUUCGAGAGAAAGAAGAAGAACUCAUCAAGCCGGCUUCAACCUUGUUUGAUAUUUUGAAAUCAUUGAGUGAAGAGGAGAAUAAGGAACUUCGUAGUGUUAUAUUGGGAACACUUACUACAGAACUUGAUGAUCGAGCUAGUGAAAAUGAUAUUGAGGAAUAUAUAGUUCAUUAUUUGGACAAGGCUUACACACAGCUCAUAAAAUUUCUUGAUAUUGGCAUAGAGAUUCCUACAGAACUUCGAGACGAAGUGGAAGAUUUUAAGAGUUCGGAUUUCAUGUUUUGGCAUAACUAUAAGCAGCCUCCUAAAGAACAUGUUGUCAAUAUUGAGGAUUACAAGGUUACUCGGAAGUUGGCCCCUAUCUUGAAAGACUUGCUUUCCAAACACGGGGAUGUUAGUGUUGAGUCCAAGUUAAGUCCAGGGGUGAAACUUUACUUCUUCCACAUGUUAUGUGAGUGCAUAUAUUACAUGAUAAAUACCAAAGCUGUGGAUAUCACCGAAGUUCAUCUUCUCAACUGUUGGACAAGCCUGAAAACCUUACAAUUCACAGGAUUUAGAAUUCAAUUUGCCUUUGAUCAAUUGAAGAGAGUUGCACUUGCCCAUUUUGCUGAAAGGCAAGCAAGCAAUGCUCUUGAUAAACUCAAUAGAGAUAUCGAGGCACUGGAAGGGAAGCGCGAGCGCAUAAAAUCUUUUAAAUCUAGCUUAAACAAGGAAUACUCCAGAGAGGCAUCGAUAACGAGGCGAGGAAAAGCUGGUGUUGGACUACUAUAGGUGUCAACAUAGAGUGCUAAACGUAUGUUGAUGUGCAUGCAUGUUUUUUUUCUUUUGUUUUAGCUUGUCUUGUUUAUGUAUCUCGAAGUUAGUGGGUA